GGGAGAUGGUGAGUGGUUGGCGCUUCACCCUGCGCGCUCCGGGUAUUGGGAAGAGGCCUGCGUGCGCUAGCGGGGCGUGGGCGCAGUGCGUGGGCGUCGAAACACCCUGAUCCUCGUGGUUUGCGGGUGUGGCGGGUGCGAGACUGCACCCACGGACUGCACCCACGGCCUACUAGGCUUGCGCGCAGCGGCGGAUCUGCUCUUAACUCAGGAACAGGAAGGGCCUUUAUAUGCUGAGACGGACUGUGUACCUCACGCUGGACUCAAACUCCAAGCGAUCCUCCUGCCUCAGCCUCCUGAGUGCUGGGACUACAGGGAAGACAUCUUUGUUGGUGGGAAAGCCGUUUGGGAGAUAAGUGCCCCUGGGGUCGCAGCCUGUCUCAGGAUGAGGAGGCCCGGCCCAGCAGCAGGAGGAGGCUCUGCCAGCACACACACACCAUCCCGCAUACAGGGACGUCGGGGACGGAGACUUCCUGCCCCUCCGAGGAUCAUCAAUGCAGAAAAAUCUGAAUUCAAUGAGGAUCAAGCUGCCUGUGGGAAGCUGUGCAUCCGGAGAUAUGAGUUUGGGGCUGAAGAGGACCAAGAGUGGCUGACCCUGUGCACAGAGGAGUUCCUUACAGGUCAUUACUGGGCACUGUUUGAUGGGCAUGGCGGUCCUGCAGCGGCCAUCCUGGCUGCCAACACCUUGCACUCCUGCCUGCGCCGGCAGCUGGAGGCCGUGGUAGAAGGCAUAGUGGCCACUCAGCCCCCUAUGCACCUCAGUGGUCACUGUGUCUGCCUCAGUGAUCCUCAGUUUGUGGAGGAAAAGGGCAUCAAGACAAAAGACUUGGUGAUUGGGGCCCUGGAAAGGGCCUUCCAGGAAUGCGAUGAGGUGAUUGGGCGGGAGCUGGAGGCCUCAUGCCAGGUGGGUGGCUGCACAGCCCUGGUGGCUGUAUCCUUGCAGGGAAAGCUGUAUGUGGCCAAUGCUGGAGACAGCAGGGCUCUUUUGGUACGGAGAGAUGAGAUAAGGCCACUGAGCUCUGAGUUCACCCCAGAGACUGAGCGGCAGCGGAUCCAGGAGCUGGCCUUUGUCUACCCAGAGCUUCUGGCUGGUGAGUUCACCCGACUGGAAUUCCCUCGGCGACUGAAAGGGGAUGACUUGGGUCAGAAGGUUUUGUUCAGGGAUCACCACAUGAAUGGCUGGAGCUACAAACGUGUGGAGAAAUCAGAUCUCAAAUACCCACUGAUUCACGGACAGGGUAGGCAGGCUCGGUUACUGGGAACACUGGCUGUCUCCCGGGGCCUAGGAGACCAUCAGCUCAGAGUCCUGGACACCAACAUCCAGCUCAAGCCAUUCUUGCUCUCUGUCCCACAGGUGACUGUGCUAGAUAUGGAUCAGCUGGAGCUGCAGGAGGAUGAUGUGGUUGUCAUGGCAACAGAUGGGCUCUGGGAUGUCCUGUCCAAUGAGCAGGUGGCACGGCUGGUGCAGAGCUUCCUCCCUGGGAACCGAGAUGACCCACACAGGUUCUCGGAGUUGGCCCAAAUGCUGAUACGAAGCACGCAGGGGAAGGAAGACAGUCCCACGGGGCAAGGGCAGGUGUCCUACGAUGAUGUCUCUGUGUUCGUGAUUCCCUUGCAUAGCCAGGGCCAAGGGGGCAGUGGCCCCUGAGGAUUCACACAUUACAAUGCAGAACCACUCCAGGGCUGGUACAGUCUGGGCAUCUAACUCUCCACUGUGGCCAAGAGCAGGCCCUGCUGCCUCAUCCCCAGCCACAGCUCAGUGCUCUUGCCUUCCACUCCCACUCACCUAUUUCAAGGGGAACAUUUGUACUAGGCAGCCAGAGCUGAAAGGCUAUUAAGAGCCCAGCCCACCAGGUCCUGCCUUUUACCAUAAUAUCUCUCUGGCAGAGGCACUUUACAACUUAAGAAUCUCACAAGGCUCCUCAGACAGGAUCCUCAGUAACCCCAAGUAUUUUCAGAUAGGGACUCCUGGGUUAAGGGUAUUGGCCAAAGAUGCCAUGAGGGAUGGGCAGCCUAUCUGGAUCCAGGGCUCCAAUCUAUGAAUGUCAGGGUGUCCAUUCAACAACCCCUAGUCAAUGCAGGGUUCCUUGUGAAAUGACCAUAUUGAAGACAGCUCCUGAGAUCAGCUCAGGCUCUGCCCCACUGUCCUUUACCACUGUAGGGCACAGGCUCUGGAGCUAAAGCUAGGGCACAGCAAAAAGGGGCAAGAUGUCCCAGAGUUGGCUAGGUGGGCAGGACUCCUUACUACCUGGCCUCCUAGUUGAUUGCUUCAGCCCUGCCCUAGUCUCAUGCCCCAAUAAUGCCUUUGCUUUGUUGCCCUGUCACCUCCCUAUUAUUAAAUGUUUAUAUGCAGAACAGCC